AUGGCGAUUCGGGUGUACUUGGAGUCCGCGCGCUGGACGCACGCCGCGCUGGGGAUCGCCGCGGCCGCCGUUCAGCUUUGCCAGCGCCUCGUCGACGCCCCGACCAGCCUGCUGGACAGCUUCUCCUUCACCGAGAUCGCCCUUCGUUGUGUGGAAAAACUGAAGGCGGCGGGCCACGACGUCGCCGCGGUCGUCUGCGCGGGCGAGGAGCUGCGCGCGCAGGGCUACGGCGGCCUCUACGGCACCGGCAAGGCCGCCGAAUUCCCCCCCGCGAUGGUCACGCUGUCCUACACGCCGAAGCCCGGGAUCGCCCCGGUGGAGAAGGUCGCGCUGGUCGGAAAAGGGAUCGUCUACGACACGGGCGGCCUGGCCUUGAAAUCGCGGGAUGGGAUGGUCAGCAUGAAGCACGAUAUGGGCGGGGCGGCGGCCAUCUUCGCCGCCUUUCUCGCGAUGGCGAAGUUGGGGCUGCCGCUUGAGGUGUCCUGUGUGAUGUGCCUGGCCGACAACGCGGUCGGCCCUCGCUCGCAGCGCAAUGACGACAUCCUCCACCUCAAGUCCGGGCUUUCGAUCGAGAUCAACAACACCGACGCGGAGGGCCGGCUGGUGCUGUCGGACGGCGUCUACCACGCCAGCGCGGAGCUGCCGACCACCCCGGAUAUCAUCGUCGACCUGGCGACCUUGACCGGCGCCCAGGGCAUCGCGACAGGGGUCUACCACGCCGCCCUCUACGCCAAUACCGAGGCCGGCGAGCGGCGCUUCCUGGACGGGGGCCGGCGCUGCGGGGAUCUUUGCUUCCCCGUCGUGUAUUGCCCCGAACUGCACAACCUGGAGUUCCACAGCAACGUCGCGGACUACCGCAAUAGCGUCGCCAAGCGCGCCAACGCCCAGGUCAGCUGCGCGGCCCAGUUUAUCGGGAAUAACCUCGCGGGGGACUUCAAGGGGGAAUGGGUCCACGUCGACCUGGCGGCCCCGGCCACCUACGACGAGGCCACCGGAUUCGGCGUCGCGCUGCUGCUCGAGGUGUUCGGUCGGAAAUAA